UGUUACUGAAUGUGAUUACACUGUUAAUAACAUGUGCGUCACGUUCAGCCUCACAUCCAAGUAAAAUAAGGGUGCACUGCACAUCGACGGUAGGGUCGGUUGGCUUUUUGGUGCGCAUGCGCAGACCGCUCAGUAGUGAGUCGUUUGUAAAUAAUCGUACUAAUAAGUGCAGCGAUGGAGGAAAACGAGCAGAGUGAAAUCAUAGAGCACCACGAUGAUGAAGAAAUGGAGAAGAUGAAGACAGGGAGGAGUGUUGCGGGUUCGUUACUGGAUAGAGAUGAGGGAUCCGGGAGCACGCAGUCCUCACACCGCCUGUUAGCUUACAGUGACGCGCUCAUCUCCAUCAUCGCUACUGUCAUGAUUUUACCUGUUGCACAUACAAAGUUCCAAAACAAUGAGGAACUAAAGGAAAGCAUCCAGCUGCUGCUCACUACUAAGAUUGCCGUCUACCUAAUGACGUUUUUAAUCGUCACAGUCGCUUGGGCCGCCCAUAUAAGACUGUUUCAGGUCAUUAAGCGUAUCGAUGACACUCUUGCACUUCUAAAUCUGGCGUGUAUGAUGCUGAUAACGUUCCUGCCGUACACAUUCUCUCUGAUGGCAACAUUUCCAAAUAACGUCCUUGGCAUUUUGCUCUUCUGCGCCUGUGUUAUAAUAAUAGGCCUCGUCCAGGCGGUUAUCGUCCUGUACGGGUUCAGCCGUCCUUACCUUCUAAACGAGCACAUUCAGAUGUCGCAGAAUCGGCCCUACUACAGACGCUGCAUCCUAGAAGUGAUCAUGAGGGUCCCAAUAAUGUGCUUCUUCGCCAUCAUCUUUUCAUUCGUCUUUUUAAAACUGUCCUAUGUCCUGCUGGCCGCCGUGAUAUUCAUGCCGUACAUUUCUCAGGCUCUCAAGUGGAUUCGGAAUAAAGCCAUUGGUAAUCGGAUAGAGGACACCCCCGACACGCUGCUGUUUUAUACCUAUCACCCCACUGAACCACUGAGCAAGGAGCGAGUAGAGGCUUUUAGCGACGGGGUCUACGCCAUCGUAGCGACUCUUCUCAUUUUAGAUAUCUGUGAGGACAACGUGCCGGACCCGCACAUCGUCGAUAAAGACUUCAACGGCAGCCUCAUCGCCGCGCUACGCAACUACGGUCCCGAGUACCUGGCGUACUUCGGCUCGUUCGCCACGGUCGCCCUGUUGUGGUUCGCCCACCACUCGCUCUUCCUGCACGUCACCCGCGCCACCCGCCUGAUGGGCUUCCUGAACGCCUUUUCCCUGGCCUUCGUCGGAGGCCUGCCCCUGGCCUACCAGCUGACCCACGAGUUCCCUCGCGGCUCUCAGAACGAGCUGGAGGCCAUCCAGAUCAGCUGCGUCAUCAUCUUCUUCGCCGGCCUCUUCCAGCUGGCCAUGUGGGUGACGGCGCUGUUCUCGGAGCGCGAGACGCUCCACCCGUACGCCCGUUACGGGGGCCGGGAGCACACCUUCAUGCUGGCCAAGCUCUCGCUUUACCCCUGCGUGGCGCUGGCGACCUACUUCUCCACGUGCGCGCUCAGCCGCUUCAGCGCGCCCAUCUUCCAUCUGAUGGAGAUCGCCGUGCCGUUCGUGUUCCUGUUGCUGAGGUUGUUCGUGCGCCUGGCGCUGGUCGUGGUGAGGUGGCUGUUUUGUCCGAGGACGCCCGAUGAAGGGGGCGUUUCAGCGGAAGAGGAGGGGUUUUUCCGUCGACCGUUUACUGACAUUGUUACCUAGCUGAAGCUUUUUUUUAAUAAUGGGUCACAAAAGAUUCCUCGCCCGGCCACCGGUGCGAUUGGGUGGCAUUGGUGUCCUGGUAAAAAUUUAAUUUGGAACGUCUAAACAUCUGCUGCAUGAAAACUGUAGUAAUAUUUUUAACAUUUAACAUUACAUAUAUACACCGAUCAGCCAUAACAUUAAAACCACACUGAUUGUCCAUUUUUUUCAGCUCCACUUACCAUAUAGAAGCACUUUGUAGUUCUACAAUUACUGACUGUAGUCCAUCUGUUUCUUUGCAUGCUUUGUUAGCCCCGUCAUGCUGUUCUUCAAUGCCCAGGACCCCCACAGGACCCCCACAGA